CGGGAGUCUGGGAACAAAUAGCAAAAAUUAGCAAACAAACAAAUAUGGCCACGAGUGUGAAAUGAAGGGAAUAGAGAGCACCUCUAUUUAAUACUUAACUUUGUGCUCCAAAAGUCAUGGGGCAGAGGUACACACUCUUCUUCACGGCGCGCGAAGGCCGUGAAGAUGACUUACGGUGGGCCCUCCAUGACAGGAAGAUCUCCCCUGACCUGAGAGACCCAGACACAAAGCAGACAGCUCUGCAUCUAGCUGCCGCCAAGGGUUGUGUGGGUUGUGUGAAGCUGCUUUUGGAUGCUGGAGCAAAACGGAAUGUACAAGAAAAAGAUGGUCUUACUCCACUACAUCUUGCUGUUUAUCAUGGCUAUGUCAAAUGUGUGAGACUGUUGAUAGAUCAUGGGGCAGAUGUUAACUGUACGUCAAGGUUUGGUAGCACCCCCUUACACCAAGCAGCUUAUUUUGGACACUGUGACUGUGCGGCUGUGCUGCUGGCAGGUGGUGCCCUGGUUAAUGUGGAAGAGGCCUGGGGUCAAACACCUUUAUUUCUGGCAGCACAAAGAGCUCAUAGUGAUGUUGUGAGGCUGCUGUUAGAGUAUGGAGCAUGUGUGAACCAAAGAGAUAAGGCUCACUACAAGACAGCCUUGCACGUGGCGUGUGAAGCACAGAGAGUGGCUUGUGUCCAGUAUUUACUCGACGCUAGGGCAGAUCCAAAUGUCCCAGCUGAGGGUGGCUUGACUCCUCUUCAUAUUGCCCUCAGGGGGGAGGAGUCGGAGCCAUUGUCACACCUUUUGAUAGAGUAUGGCGCCCGAAGUGACGUCGUAGAUGACAGCGGUAACUCUGCAGAGACUCUCGUCCAAUCAUUGUUGACUCGUUACGGAAAUGGUCCAAAUGUGGAAACAGUUUUAUCACAUCAGCAGCUUUUAGAAUUAUUUUGGGACAGCCAUGGAAAACCCGUAAGUUUAAAGCGCCUUUGCCGUCUUUCCAUUCGCAAGUUACUGUCUCCCUGCAAUAUUGAUAUUAUCAAUUCUCUUAACAUUCCAUCCUGCCUCAAAAUGUACAUUUUAAACGUAGUUCAAAGCAAGAAUGUGGACACCAUGAUGUCGAAUUAAUGUUCAAUUUGUACAGUCUUAAUUUAUUAUUGAUGGUUUGCAGUGAGGAAGAAACAUCCUCACCGAAUUGACUUCAAAGUACUCUGUUUUUGGAUUUCCUCUUGGAAAACGAUCUCAGAGUUUCAUUGAUAUUAAGUUACUAUUUAUUUCUACCUUUUUUAAUAAUACCUGUAUUGCUUUUAUGAUAGAUUUUAUCCCCACCAAAAGUUUAGAUGGUCAUUUUAGCAGUGAAAGCAAUUUCUUGGUUUUCGUGUUACACCAUUCAUUCCCAAUAUCUCGAUGAAAAUUCUCCCUACCGUCUGCCAUACGUUUUCUGUAAAGGUUGUUCUGAGAAUUUGGUAUUUAAUCAACUAAUAAUCCCCUAAUUGAUAUGUUUCUUUACUCUCAUAACUUGGUUGCCCGGUGUUAUAUGAAUAUUUUAAGGAGAAAUUAUGUCUUGAUCACUCCUGGAAGUAGCAAGGUUAAAUGGAAAAAUUCUUAUUUCUCUUUCUCGUGUGUAGCACGUGAUUGACCUUGAAUAUAUACAAAAUACAAAAUUGUCCCUUCAUGGUAAUAUAUGUUUGACUUCAAUGCACUCGCCUGAAAGGGUGUUGAAAAUAUGAUGUGUUAAAUAGUUCCUCUUUGCGAGCACUUUUUCAUUGGGUAUUGACAAAUGAAACCAAAGAAAUUACUGGUGCUAGUCAAAAAAAGAUUUUAAGAAUGAAGGAAAGUUGUAAGAAAUCACAGUAAACACAUGUGAACUGUGUUAAGCGCGGGAAAACGCCGGCAAGUGGCGAAGUCGUGAUUAGUUUCAGUUUUGCAUCUGAUUGGCAGCAAGGAUGGCGUGGGUUUCCUAGACCAAUUACAGGGCGUUGUGAACCAAAACCGAUGCCCUGCGGAAUUACGUUGGACGCAUAAUUGAAAACUGCUCUUGUUUUAAUGUAUAGAAAUAAUCAUCAAGAAAUUAGAAAGGGCUCGGUCAUCAUCGGAUAUAUUACGACAGGAACUCAUAGGGCUUAGAAACCAGUAUUUAAUAAAUGGAAAAAUGGAAAACUUA